AUGUCAGAAAGCCAAUUUAAUUCACCCGAAUUGAAAUUGAAAUUACAAAAAGAACUUAAUGAGCCGUCUGAUCCACAGUUAGCUAUUGAUGAAUUACGUACAUUAAUUAAAGGUGAUAUUUUUUUGAACUCAAGAAUGGAUGAUGCAUUUAUGCUUAAAUUUUUAAGAGCUAGAAAGUUUCGAGUAGAUAAAGCAUUUAAAUUG